AUGAAGAUCCUCGCAAUUUUAUCUCUGGCCACCUGUUUCAUCAGCGCCCAAGCUGCGCCUUACACCCAACGUGUCGCAGUAACAACCAAUGCUCUAGCUUCUGGUGACGCGAUUGCAUCGGGCGUUGCCACUACGAAUGGACUCAAGUUCGAAAUAGAUGGCGAGACAAGCUAUUUUGCCGGUUCAAACUCGUACUGGAUUGGGUUCCUAACCAACAACGAUGAUGUCGAUCUUGUAUUCGAUCACAUGAAUGAAUCUGGCCUUCGAAUCCUACGAGUUUGGGGCUUCAACGAUGUCAAUACCGUUCCAUCGGACGGAAGCGUCUAUUACCAACUACUCAAAGACGGAACUGCUACCGUCAAUACCGGAGCAGAUGGCCUCCAGCGCCUGGACUAUGUGGUUGCUUCCGCUGAGGCCCGCAAUGUGAAACUCAUCAUCAACUUCGUUAACAACUGGUCCGAUUACGGUGGCAUGGCCGCGUAUGUCAAUGCUUUCGGUGGCAGCCAGACAAGCUGGUACACAAAUACCGCCGCUCAGACGGCGUACCGCGCGUAUAUCAAAGCCGUUGUCUCACGAUACAUUGACUCGCCGGCUGUCUUUGCAUGGGAGUUGGCUAACGAGCCCCGCUGCAACGGCUGCGAUGUUUCGGUCCUUUACAACUGGAUUCAAUCCACCAGCGCUUAUGUCAAGUCCCUGGACCCAAAACACAUGGUCACAAUUGGUGAUGAAGGCUUCGGGUUAGACAUACAGUCAGAUGGCAGCUAUCCCUACAGCUAUGCCGAGGGACUUAAUUUCACGAUGAACCUGGGUAUUGAGACGAUCGACUUUGCUACCUUCCACCUCUACCCACAAAGCUGGAGAACCACCAAUGACUGGGGUAACGGAUGGGUCACGUCCCAUGGCGCUGCCUGCGUAGCAGCUGGCAAGCCAUGCCUUUUCGAGGAGUAUGGAGUCACUUCUGACCACUGUGCCAUCGAGGCUCAAUGGCAAAAGACCUCGCUGGACACAACCGGCGUUGCCGCCGACCUGUAUUGGCAGUAUGGAGACACGCUGAGCGGGGGAAAAUCGGCCGACGACGGACACACCAUCUACUAUGGCACCAGCGAUUUCACCUGUCUGGUGACGGACCACGUUGCUGCCAUUAACUCCUCGACGUGA